AUCGCGCAUGCGCAACUUUUUCCCUCUCAUCUAGAAACGUAAACAAAAACAUUUAAACUGUAGUAACUCGAUUUCUCUUAAUGGUGAUCGUUAUUGUUUAAAUUAUUUCCCGUUUUCAAUAUGUUAAGAAAUAUUUAUUCUCGCCUUUCACCAAUUCGAUGUCUUACGUCGAACAAUUUGCCUGCAAGUUGCAAUUAUUCUAAAAGUUCUAAAGAUUCAGUCGGAAGCGAAUCUCAAGGUUCUUAUUAUACUGCUAAAGACAUCGAAUUUUGUCCAAAUAGAGCUAAAGAAGUUCUUCAGAACUGUGUCUUAGAGGCCAAACAAGAUCUGUGCGAAGAUGAUCCUUUUAUCGAAGCAGAUAAAGUCAAUCCAGCUAAACCUCAAAGUGAAGAAGAACAUGCACAAAUGUAUCAGUCUUUCAGUUCAGUGAGCUUGUAUUCAGUCAUGCAAAGUAAUGUACCUGAUCCAUUUUCCACGAGCUCCAAAGCUCCUACGCAUUUAAAUAUGCCAGGUAGCUCUUCAAGUCAAGGAUAUAAGUAUCUUUCUGGAAAACUACAAAAUACACAUCACUCUAAGCAGUAAUAAUAUGGAGAGCAAGAAAGAUAGAUCCUUUGUAAAUAGAGUAGAUCUUUCAGCCUGGUUGCUAUAAAACCUGUUUGUAACUGUGUUUAUUUUGGAGAUAAUAUGCAACAUUUUGUUCAGUGUAAAUAGUUUUGUCAUUCUUAAGAUUUUGCAUAUUGUUAUUUGUGAAAUCACAUUUAUUCUCAUUUUAUUAUUUGAGAAUUAAUGAUAUUUUUAUUACUGUGCUUAAUUUUUGCUAUUUUAUCCUUUGAAAAUAAAUUUGGGUAGUUUUAUAUUAGUUUAAAAUUUGAAUUAGCAUUAAAAGAUAUAUCAUUGGUAUUACGCAUUGUAUUCCUCUUGUGUGUGUAAUCACAUUUAUGCACAUUCUUGUUAAUCUAUUUGAGAAAUACUUAUUGUAUCUUAUUACUGUAUUUUGAUAAUUAUUGAUGUGAAAAUGUUAUAUUUUUAUAAUUGUAUUUUAUAAAACAAUUUUGGGUGUAGAGUAUUCAGACAACAUUAAAUAUAUCAUUAAUAUUUAAAA